AUGGCGGUCGCAACCAUGCUUCAGCCGGCCUCACGAGCCUCGACUUCGACCAACUCCUCCUUCGAACCUGUCAGCCGUACCAACACCUUCUCCAGCCACGAUGGCGCUCGGUCCUUGCGACAGAGCAAACGGGUUAGCAUGACCGCGCUCUAUGCGAGUAUGAGCGCAAAAGACAAAGAUUUGGAAAUCAGCGAUGACCUCGCACGAGCACAGCGCUCGCUCAGGGACUUGAAGGUCAAGAUUUCAAACCAGUCCAAGAAGAAUUUUGUCCUCGAGAAGGACGUCCGCUACCUGGACUCCAGGAUUGCUUUGUUGAUCCAGAAUCGUAUGGCUCUAGAAGAGCAAAAUGAGGUUGCCAGUCACCUUGACGAGGCCGCCGAGCUCCAGGAAGGCUCGUUUCCGAACGACGACAAGACUCAGAAAUACGGCAACCUAUUCUUCAUGCUUCAGUCAGAACCCAGGCAUAUCGCUCAUCUAUGCCGUCUGGUCACCAUGGCCGAAAUCGAUUCACUGUUACAGACCGUCAUGUUUACAAUCUAUGGAAACCAAUACGAGAGCCGAGAAGAGCAUCUACUGCUGACCAUGUUUCAAUCGGUCUUGACCCACCAGUUCGAGACAACACCUGAAUAUUCCUCCCUUCUCCGGCAAAACACUCCCGUUUCCCGCAUGAUGACGACCUAUACUCGACGCGGCCCGGGACAGAGUUUUCUCAAAGAAGUCCUCGCUGAAAAGAUCAACUCGCUGACCGAGCUGAGCGAUGUGGAUCUUGAGAUCAACCCCCUGAAAGUCUACGAGGCCAUGGUGAAGCAAAUCGAGGAAGACACCGGUACUCUUCCAGAAGACCUACCCCGGUCUGUGACUGCCGAAUUUGCUGCGGAGAACGAACAAGUGCAGGCCAUCAUUACGCCCCGCCUCAAGAUGCUGACUGAAAUCGCCGAAGGAUUCUUAUCUGCUAUCAUUGAGUGCCUAGAGGAGACCCCGUACGGGAUUCGCUGGAUCUGCAAACAGAUUCGGAAUCUGUCGCGGCGCAAGUACCCUGACGCCCAGGACCAGGCUAUUUGCACCCUGAUUGGUGGCUUUUUCUUUUUACGCUUUAUCAAUCCUGCCAUUGUCACUCCAAAAUCUUACAUGCUGAUUGAGCGAGUGCCCGACGAGAAGCCCAAAAGGACUCUGACCUACAUCGCUAAGAUGCUUCAGAACCUGGCCAACAAGCCAUCCUACGCCAAGGAGCCGUACAUGGCCAAGCUCCAACCGUUUAUCCAACGGAACAAGGAUCGCUGCAACAAGUUCAUGUUGGACCUGUGCGAAGUUCAAGACUUUUAUGAGAGCCUGGAGAUGGACAACUACGUGGCGCUAUCCAAGCGUGAUCUUGAGCUUCAGAUCAGUUUGAACGAAGUGUAUGCUACUCACGCGUUACUUGAGAAGCAUAGCACGGAAUUGGCCAAAGAUCCUUCUUCUCAUCUGGGAAUUCUACUGCAGGAACUUGGCCCGGCACCACCACAAUUACCUAGAAAAGAAAAUCGGGCAAUCAAUCUGCCUCUCUACAGCAAGUGGGAGACAACCUUUGACGACCUGACCCAUGCGCUCGACAUCACUCCAGAAGAGAUUCACUUUAUGGAGGCCAAGAGCACCUUUGUGCAGAUCAUGCGAACUUUGCCACAGAACGCGAUUGUUCUGCGACGCCCUCUUCGUCUGGACCGGGUGGCGGAAGCAGCGGGGACCCUCAAGAAUGACGCCGUCAUGGUGCGGAAAGGCAUCCGAUGCAUGGAACUUCUAACGCAACUUUCCGAAUGGGGCGUGAUAGACCGUGCCGACGACUAUGCUGUGCUCCGCGAUGAAGUUGAGCAGGAGCUGGCCCACCUCGGCUCGUUGAAGGAGAAGGUGUUGGAGGAGACGGCCAAGUUGGAGGAUGUUUAUAAGACGAUUCGGGACCACAACGCAUACCUUUUGUCCCAACUCGACACGUACAAGAAUUACCUGCACAACGUCCGAAGCCAGUCUGAAGGUGCGAGAAGAGGCAAGACGGAGAAGGUGCGCGAACUCGGCCCGUAUAAGUUCACCCACGCUCAGCUGGAGAAAGACGGCGUGAUUACGAGGAGCAAUGUGCCCGAGAACCGGAGAGGUAAUAUCUUCUUUAUGUUCCGAAGCCCACUCGCAGGAACUUUCGUCAUCAGCUUGCAUUACAAAGGACGUGCUCGUGGUCUCCUCGAGUUGGACCUCAAGUUAGACGAUCUGCUCGAGAUGCAGAAAGAUGGUCAGGACGACCUCGAUCUGGAAUAUGUGCAGUUUGAUGUCUCCAAGGUUCUGACCCUGCUCAACAAACGAUUUGCAAGGAAGAAGUAG